AUGUCGCAAGAGUCGGCCGACGCGACUCGCCGGGCCAUUGUCGAGCUUGCCAACCUGCCAAGCUGUGCCGCCGACUGCUACAGCCCGCUGGCUGCUUCAGGAAACCUCUACUCUUGCCACGCCGUUUCCAACAGCGAAUCACUACAAGGAUGCCUCCUCGGCGCGUGCCCGCUGCCCGAGGCAAUCUUCGCCAGAAACGCCACAGAGAUAGCAUGUGAGACGCCCGUCCGUGACACCUCGGCGCCGUUCCUCGUCAUCAACAUUGUCCUCGGGCUCAUCACCGCCGCCGUCAUCGUCAUGCGCCUCGCGUACAGGUUCUUCUUCAGCCGGCGGAACGGGCGCCUCGACAUCGACGACGGCCUGAUCCUGCUCGCGUCGCCCGUCGCCAUCGCCAGCCUGACCACCCUGCUCGCCGGGCUGUGGAAGCACGGCAUCGGCAAGGACGUCUGGGGCCUCAGCUCCGAAGAAGUCGUCACCUUUGGCCUGUUCCUCUACGUCAUGGAGAUGCUGUACCUGACGCUUCUCACGCUUGUCAAACUGACGCUGUCCGUGUUCUACUUGGAGAUCUUUCCUAGCUCCGUGAUCCGCAAGCUUCUUCUGGGGACGGUGGUGUUCCACGUCCUGUUUGGCGUUGGAUUUGUCUGCAAGACGAUUUUUCAAUGCACCCCCGUCGAGUAUAGUUGGCUGCGGUACGAUGCGGGCAACGCGGCGACGACGCACGGCCACUGCGUCAACAUUCACGUAUCGGCGUAUGUUAACGCUGCUGUCAAUGUGGCCACUGACUUUUGGCUCAUUGGCAUACCUAUCACGCAGCUGCACAGGCUGAAGCUUCAUUGGAAGAAGAAGAUUGGCGCUUCCUUCAUGUUUAUGACGGGCUUGUUGGUCACUGUCAUUUCGAUCCUUCGCCUCAACACUCUCAAGGACUAUGCCAAGACGACAAACCCGACGUAUGACCAGUAUUCCGUCACUCUCUGGUCGGCCGUCGAGGUAAAUAUCGGUCUGAUCUGCACUUGUUUGCCUAGUAUACGGUUGAUCCUGCUGCGCAUCUGGCCGAGAGUAUUUGGCAUGACGUCGAUUGCCUCGAGCCAUGGGAAUUCGCAAAAGGCGUCGUAUCGAGAGCCGUCGAGAUACUUGUACAAGAGCCCCGUCAACAACGCGGAGCAUGAGCUGGAUGCUACGGCUAGACUGACCGAGCCUGCGGACGUGGUUCGCACGGCUACGAGAAGUACGUGGAGCGGCGAUCCGGAGCGAGAUCACGGGGGGUACAUGCAGUUUGAUUAUCAGGAGAGUCCGAGGGCAAAAUCUCAGUUAUAG